CGUGAUGGACAGCCCGGGCGGCCAAUGAGCGCCGCGCCAACAUGGCGGCGCCCAGCCCGUGACGGGACGGCGGCGGCGAUGUCGGGCCGCGGCGUGUGGCUGCGGGCGCGGGCCCGGCUCCGGCGCUUCCCGGCGCUGCUGGGGGGCUGCGGGGAGCAGGCCGCCGCCUACGGGCGCUGCGUGGCCGCGGCCUCGGCGGGCAGCGGGGAGGUGCGGCGGGACGGCUGCCUGCGGGAAUUCCGGGCGCUGCGGGAGUGCUUCAACCGAGCCGCAGCAACGAGAACGUAACGGCAGCGAUAGUCACGACAUGACGAUAGUCACGACAUGACGAUAGUCACGACAGCACAAAAAGGCAGGGGGAAGGAGCCCGGGGCUCCCAAAACGGCCGGCCCCAGCUCCCGGGCUCCUUCCCCCCGCCCCCAGCUCUUUUCCCGAUUUAUUUAAUAAAAAAAUAAAGAUUCGGAUAAAAA